UAUCGAACAGUCCUCUUCACGACGGAAGCUGCCUCUAUAAAGUCUCGGCUUCGUCGACGCCACGUGCUGUGUCGAAAAUCACGGUAGACUUCACUUCUCGAUCGAUCGCCGCUGGCAAACGACGGGUAAAGCUGUGCUGUUAUCUGCUACUCGCAUUCUGAUAUUCGACUUAUUACACACGCGAUCUGCUACAGGUGAGGCCGUGCGCGAAACAGAACACGCUAAUAUAUCCGAUAUGACAGCCGAGAAGAAGAAACCUGAACAAACAAACUCGAUCGUGAUCGAGGAUGCGCCGAGCGCGAAAAUCGCCGACUUCGAGACGGCGAUCACCGCCGCCGGGACCGGCAAGUUCCAGUACUUCCUGGUUCUCGCGAUUAUCCCGGCCUCCUGGGCAUCCAGCGUGGACACCGCUAAUAUGUCGAUGAUACUCGCGUCGGCGGAGGGUGACCUGGGCCUGUCUCUGUUCAACAAAGGGCUGCUGAACGCCAUCGUCUAUAUGGGUAUGGUGCUGAGCGGUUUCAUAUGGGGAUACCUCGCGGACGUGAAGGGGAGGAAGAAGGUCAUACUGUACGGCUACCUGGCGGACGGCGUUUGCAACGUGCUCGCGGGUUUCUCGCAGAAUUUCGGCACGCUCGUCUUCUUCAAGUUCCUCAGCGGCAUGCUCGUGAGCGGGCCGCACGCGACUCUCAUGGCGUACUGCACGGAAUUCUACGGCGACAAGGGCAGGGCGAAGAUUCCGAUCCUCGUCGGCUUCUCCGUCCAGUUCGGAUGCGUCGUCAACGCAGUGAUGGCCUGGCUGGUGGUGCCUCAGCCGUGGUCGAUCGUCCUUUGGGACGGCGCCUUUGUCUACAACUCCUGGAGGAUCUUCCUCUCGCUCUGCGGAGUGCCGACCAUGAUAGGCGUCCUGUGCCUCUGCUUCUUCCCGGAGAGCCCCAAGUUCCUCAUGACGCAGAAUCGCAACGAGGAGGCGCUCGAGGUGUUCAAGCGGAUCUACAGCACAAACACCGGCCUGCCCAAGGACAGCUAUCCUAUUGGCGCCUUGGGCGACGUGAAUUUGAACAAUGUGACUGCGGAGCGAUCGCUGGAGUCUCAGGGAGAUGCCAAGUCGUCCUUCAAGGAUGGCAUCCGACAGAUGACGCCCAUCCUGUCGAAGCCGUACCCGGCGCGUAUCUUGCUGCUCGUCACCGUGCAAUUCGGCGGGAUGCUCUGCCUCAACACCUUGCGCCUCUGGCAGCCGCAGCUCUUCGCGACGAUCGAGAACUUUAAGAAUCUCGAUACCAACGUGACUGAUCCCACCUUCUGCGAGAUACUAGAUAUUUCGACGUCGCUCGACGCAGCCAGGACCGUCGCCGUCGCCGCCGCCCCCGCCGCCGCCGCCGCCGCCACCGACGCGACGACGGCGCCGAGCAUCUCCGAGAACAGCGUCUCCGAGUCCAUGUACACCGACACCAUCAUCGUGUCGAGCUCGUCGAGCGUGUUUAUUCUCCUCGCCAGCGUCCUCGUCAACUUCCUCGAGCACAAGUACCUCUUACUCGUCAGCUACGGAUGCGCGCUCGUCUGCCUCAUCUCCCUCAUCUGGGCCACGAACACGUUGGUCAUCCUGGUGCUCACGUGCAUGUUCGUCGGACUGCUCAGCGAGACUUUCAACGUCGUGGUGGGCGCGACCGUCCUGCUCUUCCCCACAUCCUUGAGAGCCAUGGCGGUCAGCAUGGAAAUGAUAGUGGGCAGGAUAGGAUCCAUGAUUGGUAAUCUCUUGUUUCCGGUCUUGCUCGCGCACGGCUGCGUGGCGCCCAUCAUCAACCUGGCGUGCUUCACCUUACUGUGCAUCAUCCUCACGUGCUUCCUGCCGAGCACGAGCAAGCACGCGGUGUGAGGAGCGUCGUCUGUGUCGGGCAAAUUCGAGGGCAAACACGAGGAAGAGGAGGAAGAAGAGGAGAAGGAGGAACCAAGGCGUGAGGAGUCUGGAGAAGGACCGAGAACGACGACGAGAGAGGAGAAACAAGAGAGAAGACCGACGACACCCUCAAGCGCGUGCUCGCACGCACUUUUCACAGGCCGCCUUUCCGUCUUCCUCGCCGCGAAGAUGCUCCGGCGCGACGCCGCGGGCCGGAGCAUCCCCGGAGGACUCUCCAAGGACCUGGAUCGAAGCGCUCUAUCGCGAGCUAUGAUCGAGCCCGUAUGAGGGCGGACAAUGGUCAUGCAUAUACAUGCAUGCAACACACAACGAGAGAGACCGCACGAGACCUUGAGUUUCACUUUCGACACAUCCUGGAGAGCCCUCCAGCCUUCACCUACAUGCUCGCUCUCCUCUAUCCUCGCCGCGUGCGUGGACGCAGCUCUAUCUCGGGAUCUCCGCUCGGCCGAUCGGCGCGCGAUCCAGCGGGUGUCCCGACGCGUGCGCGCGGCGCACGCGAGAGCGUCCGCCCCGCUCGCCGGCGGACGAGCCGAGGAGCGAUCGGCCCCGAAGCACGAGCACACACACGUUGUUUCCUUUCUCUUUCCGGUUCCCCCGGAGUACGAUCGGCCGCAAAUUUCCUGCCGACCGCGCGGCUCCCAGCUGUCUUACGUACGAGCGAGCGAACGGGUCGCGGCGGAAACUUUCAGCAUCUCACGCUCAUAGGAUUCGUGCGAGAUGUAUAUGUUUAUGUAUUAUAUAUUCCGAUACGUGGUAUGUAUGUAGGGUGCUAAAUUUCAAACGUAGCAGGUAAAAAAUCUCGAAAACUAUGAAAGAUAUUAAGAAAAGCUGAGACACGUGCACCAUGAUUUCGAAGGGGAAAGAGAAUGGCAUUGUCAGUGUUUCAUUUGGGGGGCGUUUUCAAGGUCAGUUGAAGGUCAACUUGAUUUUUUUAAAUAGGAAUCCUCAUUUUUUACUACAUCAUCUUUUUCUACUGAUUAAUUUGAGCAAGUUUUGUCCGAAGCACUUUUUCAUUUGCCUAAUAUUUUUUGAAAUAUUUAAGGGAAACUUGGUGACUUUUUCAACAGUUAACUUACGAUAUCUCGCUGAUUAUUCGUCGAAAGAAAAAGUAGUAUUAGACUCUUUUACUUUAUUUACUAUCAAGAAUAUAUUACUGUAAUAGUGCCCUAACUUUUGUUAAUUUA